GCCAGGUGGUGUAUCAAACUCUUACCGAAGCCAGUUGAGAGAGGAAAAAAGAGCAAGAGAAACCUUCAGUGCCUUUCUUUGCUCUACUUUCAAUAAAAAUAAACUCUUCAGUUCUGAUAUAACUGAUGCGACAGCAGUUACGUUAACCUUGAGGAGCCUCCAUCAGUGUCUUCUGUUGCUGGGCAUUACACCUAAACCCUGCAUAUAGCUGCCAGUUGCUCUAGAAUGGACGCUGAUACGCUGAUACGUUAUUACAAAUAUUAUAUUCCCUUUCUUCCAGUAGAUCUCCUAAAUCCUUAAUACUGAACAAGUACUAUUCUCACUGUUCACAGAGGAGGAGUCGAUUUAGGGCACACCAAUAAAAAGAAAAGCCCUCUCCAAGUGAAAAAUCUGAUUGUCAGCAAAUGUAACAUCACUGCAUUAUUGGAUUUGCCAGCUACUGCUGCUAACUUUAGCCCUCGUUAGCUAGUAAGCUCAGUCAGCCAUGCAGCUAGCAGUCCAAUUAGCUUAGAUUAGCUAGACUGUCAUUGUUGUUUACACAGCUAGCCCCAGGAGAUUUGGACCACCUGGUGGAGAGUACAGGACCCGGUGGGAAUACUGAAGAGAGCAGUACCGGAAUGGGCACCAGAACAGGAGCCACGUAAGCCGGCAAUGGAACCAGGCAGGACCCAGGAUUUCUUGAUAAGUGACAGAAGUUUUCCGCCUCCAUUCCGAAUAUGCCACCCGGGGAGAUCAUUGCUUCCGGUCGCCUCCACGGAGCCACAAACUUGUUCUCGCCUCAUCCAAGUGGCUCAGAGUGCACUGAAGGAAGAGAGGAGAGGGAAGCGGGCCAGCCAGCAUCAGUCACUUUCGAGCAGAGGAGUUGGGAGAUGAUCGGCAGCCCCUCAGCUGAACUCUCACAGGGCUGACGGCCGGCACACACCCAUCAUCUCUGAAUCCUACGACUCUCCGGCUGCAGCAUGAGCUCCUCGUCGGCCAACCUUCACAGCAAACGCCUGCCCUCGGAGGCUGAGCGCAGCCAGAGGCUCCCAGAUGUGGACGUGGCACAGCAGCUGAAGCUGAGAGAGAGGCAGCGUUUCUUCGAAGAGGUGUUCCAGCACGACGUGGACGUCUACCUAUCCUCGGCACACCUUUGUAUCCGAGACUACAAGAGACCUCCAAUUGGCAGCAUCUCGUCCAUGGAGGUGAACGUGGACUUGCUGGACCAAAUGGAGCUAAUUGACAUCUCUGAUCAGGAGACUUUGGAUGUCUUCUUCAGCUCUGGGGAAGACGGGGUGCUGACCUCCCCACUACCAGUCCAAGGAAACAACAACAAUGAGGAAGUCAUCAGUAACGGGCUCUUCCGACAUGUCCUGGAGGGUCUUGAGGCCAAGUCCCGCAUGUCCUCCACAUCUUCAACCUCUUCCUCCGACAGCCAGAACACCAACGCCAACGGAGGAGACACCCCGGUGGUCAGGUCGGACGAUGAGGAAACACACACCGGCACGGUCAAGCGAAGAGCUGCACUCCCAGAGAGAGAGAAGAUGAAAUGUCAGACUCCGUCAUCAUCUUCGUAGGAUGUACACCUGACGACUUAGCUGAGGACAAAGAGUGGACUUUGGGAUGCGCGGUGCUGAAAGAGGCCUCACAGCUGCGUCUGUCUUCCACAAACUGGCUCUAUCACUGCUUCCAGACUUUCCCCUGAUUUAUGAGUUGCAGGUCGGGUUCUGUUUGUGUUUUGGAGGUGGGGACAGCGAACUGUAAAUAUGAGAUGUCCUAUUAAUUCUCACCUGCUUCCAUUCCUGAUUUGACAUAUUUUGAAGGACAAGAUGUGUUUCUUUGUUUCUGAGCUCACAGGUCGUGCAGUUGAUGAACAAAAAAGUCUGUACAGUUUUAACACAACCAAGGAAAAGAAAAUGAUAAUUGAAUGAAGAGUGACUUGGCUGUAGGGGGCUUCAGAUCAUUAAGAUGUCCUGUUUCUGAAAGCAACACGUUGUCCUGCCAAUGCAAAUCCUGUUUUCUAGCUCUUAUUCAAAAUAAAUCUCACACACAAUUUCUGUGUUUUAACAAUAAAGGAAUAAAAUGUAUUCAUGUGUUUCUAAGAAUCAACAAAGCAGUUGCUGGUUAUUUAAAAGACAUACCUUACAGUUGAUGUUUCUGUGUUCACUGAACAACAGAUAUAGUUGCUUCUCUUCUGUUUUUGCUUCAGACACAGGAAUGAACUAGUUGAUUUGUGCUGACUCACGCUGCAUGGCUGGUGAAUGAGAUCGUAUCAGGUUUCCACAGAAGCAUUUCCACUGAAAAAGAUAAUGUCAAAGUAGGAAAAAGGGGUUGACUGGUUCAGUUUUGUGGGAAGAACUUGCGAAAGUUUAACUUCAACAUUUAAGACUAUGAAGCUCACUUAUCUUGAAUUCUGAGCACAAAUUUGUUAAAGUCAGAAUUUGUCCACGCAAGUUGUGAUAGACACGACAUUGAAGACAGCUUAUGGAGGGCCUUUCUCGUUCAAACUGCUGGGGGACAUCAGAGGACAAUGGAAACUGAAUCCCUCAUGUAGUAGAAACAGUUGUUAUAUGUGAUAUAUUAGAGCAAACAUUUUUUUUUUAAAAAAACAACCAUCUAAUUUAGUGAUUUUUCCCCACAGGGUACACAGCUGGCCUGGUGAAAGAGCCAAGUGUUUACACCCCCACUCUCACAUCCAGACUUGUUUUGAAGAGGGAGGGAGAAUAUGGUGUUUACAACAUCAGUGUGACUGGGUGUAGCUGCUCCGCGGAGCCAUACUGUACAAGCAGCCGAAACACCAGAACACUGGGCCUGGUGCGAUCAUCAUAGUGCUCGCCUCACUGCUUUCCUUUUCAUCAAUAUUUUGUACUGCAUUUUGACAUAAUAAAUGUACAUACAUAUUAACACGUUUGAUACUCAAGAAAAAAAUAGAAAUAAUAACAAAAUAAAUAAAAAAUAAACACAAAUGACACAGAGAUUAAAAUAAAUA